GAGAGAGCGCCGCCGCCAUCUUAGUCGCCGCCGCAGCCUCCAGCGAGGCGCUGCCGCGAGCAGAGGAGGCGCCCGCGGCCGAGCGCGCGGCCCCAGCGUCACGGCGGCCGCGGCGGCGGCUCCUGCCCGCACCCCGGUGCCCGCCGCUCCCGCCACAGCCCCGCUCGGCGUCCCCGCGCGCCUCCCUGCCGCUCCCGCGUCGGGCGCCGGCCGCGGCUGCCGGGAGCCCGAGCGAUGCUGCGCCGCCGCCCUGCGCUCGCCCUGGCCCCGGCCGCCCGGCUGCUGCUGGCCGGGCUGCUGUGCGGCGGCGGCGUCUGGGCCUCGCGAGUCAACAAGCACAAGCCGUGGCUGGAGCCCACGUACCACGGCAUCGUCACGGAGAAUGACAACACGGUGUUGCUCGAUCCGCCGCUGAUUGCCGUGGACAAGGACACGCCUCUGCGCUUUGCAGAGAGUUUUGAGGUGACAGUCACCAAAGAAGGUGAGAUUUGUGGCUUUAAGAUCCACGGGCAGAACGUCCCCUUUGAUGCGGUGGUUGUGGACCCGUCCACGGGUGAGGGGCUUAUCCGCUCCAAAGAGAAGCUGGACUGUGAGCUGCAGAAGGACUAUACCUUCGCCAUCCAGGCCUACGACUGUGGGAAGGGGCCCGACGGCAGCCACGCCAAAAAGUCUCACAAAGCAGCCGUGCACAUCCAGGUGAACGACGUGAAUGAGUUCGCGCCCAUGUUCAAGGAGAAGUCCUACAAGGCCACGGUCGUGGAGGGGAAGCCGCCCGGAAACAUCCUGCGUGUGGAGGCCGUGGACGCCGACUGCUCCCCCCAGUUCAGCCAGAUCUGCAGCUACGAGAUCCUCACCCCGGAUGUGCCGUUCACCGUGGACGAGGAUGGUUACAUAAAAAACACAGAGAAGCUAAGCUACGGGAAGGAGCGUCAGUAUAAGCUCACAGUCACGGCCUACGACUGCGGGAAGAAGAGAGCCACGGAGGACGUGCUGGUGAAAGUCAGCGUCAAGCCCACCUGUACCCCCGGCUGGCAAGGCUGGAGCGACAGGCUGGAGUACGAGCCCGGCACCGGCGCCCUGGCCGUCUUCCCGAAUCUCCACCUGGAGACGUGCGGCGAGCCGGUCGCCUCGGUGCAGGCCACUGUGCGGCUGGAGACCAGUCACAUCGGGAAGGGCUGCGACCGAGACACCUACUCGGAGAAGUCCCUGCAGCGGCUGUGUGGGGCCGCCGCCGGCACCGCCGAGCUGCUCCCACCGCCCAGCAGCAGCCUGAACUGGACCCUGGGCCUUCCUACCGACAACGGCCACGACAGCGACCAGGUGUUUGAGUUCAACGGCACCCAGGCGGUGCGGAUCCCGGAUGGCGUCGUGUCCGUCAAGCCCAGGGAGCCCUUCACGGUGUCUGUGUGGAUGAGGCACGGGCCUUUCGGCCGGAGGAAGGAGACGAUUCUGUGCAGCUCGGACAAGACAGACAGGAACCGGCACCAUUACUCACUCUCGCUGCACGGCUGCCGGCUGAGCUUCCUUCUGCGACAGGACCCGUCCGGCGAGAAGCAGCACGCGCCUGCCGAGUUUCACUGGAAGCUGAACCAGGUCUGUGACGAGCAGUGGCACCACUACGUGCUCAACGUGGAGUUCCCGAGUGUGACCCUGUAUGUGGACGGGACGGCUCACGAGCCCUUCUCGGUGACCGAGGACUACCCACUGCAUCCAUCCAGGAUCGACACGCAGCUUGUGGUGGGCGCCUGCUGGCAAGAGUAUUCAGGCGUUGAAAAUGACACUGACCCUGAGCCUGUGACUUGGGCCUCGGCAGGCGGCGACCUGCGCAUGACGCAGUUCUUCCGUGGGAACCUGGCCGGCCUCACAGUCCGCUCUGGGGAGCUUGCGCACAAGAAUGUCAUCGACUGUCUGUACACCUGCAAAGAGGGGCUGGACCUGCAGCUCCCCGGGGACAGUGGCCGCGGUGUGCAGGUCCAAGGCGAACCCGGGCAGUCCACGCUGACUGUGGCGGGGGAGGAUGUGGGGGAGCUGGAGAAGGCGCUGCAGCACGUGUCCUAUGUGAACGCCCGGCAGUUCCCCACGCCCGGCAUCCGGAGGCUCACAAUCACCACCACUGUCAAGUGUGUCGGCGAGGCCACCUGCAUGUCUGUACCUCCAGUGGACGGCUACGUGAUGGUCCUGCAGCCCGAGGAGCCCAGGAUCAGUCUGAGCGGCGUCCACCACUUUGCCCGUGCUGCUUCCGAGUUUGAAAGCGCAGAGGGCAUCGCCCUGUUCCCGGAGCUCCGCAUCAUCAGCACCAUCACGAGGGAGGUGGAGCCCGAGGGGGACGGAGCCGAGGACCCCACAGUUCAAGAGUCCCUAGUGUCGGAGGAGGUCGUGCACGACUUGGACACCUGUGAGGUCACGGUGGAAGGGGAGGAGCUGAACCCCGAGCAGGAGAGCCUGGAGGUGGACAGCGCCCGCAUGCAGCACAAGAGCAUCGACAUGAGUCACUCUGCCCUGGGCAUGGUCUUCACAGGCGUGGACACCAUGGCCAGCUACGAGGAGGUACUGCACCUCCUGCGCUAUCGGAACUGGCACACCAGGUCCUUGCUUGAACGCAAGUUCAAGCUCAGCUGCUCAGAGCUCAAUGGCCGCUAUAUGAGCAACGAGUUCCAGGUGGAGGUCAACGUGAUCCACACAUCCAGCCCCGUCGAGCAUGCCAGCCACAUGGCCGCGCAGCCGCAGUUCGUUCAUCCCGAGCAUCGCUCCUUCGUUGACCUGUCGGGCCACAACCUGGCCAGUCCUCACCCCUUUGCAGUGGUCCCUAGCACGGCAACUGUGGUCAUCGUGGUGUGUGUCAGCUUCCUGGUCUUCAUGAUCAUCUUGGGCGUGUUCCGCAUUCGGGCCGCACACCAGCGAACAGUGCGGGACCAGGACGCCGGGAAGGACAAUGAAAUGGACUGGGACGACUCUGCCCUGACCAUCACCGUGAACCCCAUGGAGACAUACGAGGACCAGCACAGCAGCGAGGAGGAGGAGGAGGAAGAGGAAGAAGAGAGUGAGGACGGGGAGGAGGAGGAGGACAUGACCAGCGCCGAGUCGGAGAGCAGCGAGGAGGAAGGGGGCGGCCCCGGGGACACCCAGGGCGCCAGCCGGCAGCAGCAGCUGGAGUGGGAUGACUCCACACUGAGCUACUGAUGCUGGCCGCUCCGUCCCUGCUCCCGUCCCUCUGCUGCCCGCCCGCUGCUCCGUCCCUGCUCCCGCCCUGCGGGUCCAUGGUGUAUACAGUCAUUUGGCCAGUAGGUCUGCAGACCCUUCCCCUUUGCCGAUCGCCGCCUGUGCUUGAUGUCCAAGCCCGUAGGCCCUGUCUGCCUGCCCGCCCGCCUGCCCACCACCCUCCUGGACGGUCCCCUGAGCCCACGUGAGGGCCUGGCCUGGCACCUCCUGCAAGGCCCCCUGACCAAGGUAGAAACGGCUCACUCCCACCUGGUAACCAUGUUUUCUUUUUUUAAAAAAGAAGUUUUUAUUUUUUUUCCAAACUAGUGCAUGUACAAAAUGGCAAAAACGGGGAUUAAUAUGUAGACGA